ACAUUUUCAAAUUACCCAAUUUUAAGAAGACAUUUGAAAGGGAAAUUGGGGUACACGGUUAUAUUUAUAAUCGUCCAUCUUUGUUGAAUAUGAUGAGGAGUUUCACUCAAUUGAAGGAGUUAGUGAAGCCUGCUAAAACCCGAUUUGCAACAGCUUUCUUAACUUUGCAAAGACUUUAUCAACAAAGGAACAACUUGAGGAAGAUGUUUACUUCGGAAGAGUGGACCAAAAGCAAAUGGGCGAAGGAGCCGCAGGGUAAGAAGACAGCUCAAAUAAUGCUAAUGCCUUCAUUUUGGGAUCAUGUUCACCUUGCCCUGCAGUUUUCAUGUCCUCUUGUUCAUGUACUAAGAAUGGUUGAUGGUGAAGAAAAGCCUCCAAUGGGAUAUAUUUACGAGGCUAUGGAUAGGGCUAAAGAAGCUAUUGCAAAUGCAUUCGAUGGAAAGGAAGAGAAGUAUAAAGAGAUCUUUGAAAUCAUUGAUCAAAGGUGGGACAUUCAAUUGCAUCGCCCUUUGCAUGCUGCUGGGUUUUAUUUAAAUCCUAGUUUGUUUUACAAAGAUCCAAAUGCUGCAAAGGACAAAGAAAUCAUGACAGGCCUAUAUCAAUGUAUAUCAAGGUUGAUCCCAACACUAGAGAUCCAAGAUAAAGUUUGUGCAGAAUUAGCUAAGUAUGAGAAGGCUGAAGGACUUUUUCAGAUUCCUAUGGCAAUUAGACAAAGAAGUACAAGGGUACCAGCUGAUUGGUGGAGUUCUUUUGGUCAUGAAACUCCUGAUUUGCAAAAAUUUGCCAUCAAAGUACUUAGUCUUACUUGUAGUUCAUCUGGCUGUGAGAGAAAUUGGAGUGUGUUUGAACAUCUUCACAGCAAAAAAAGAAAUAGGCUUGCUCAAAAACGUCUCAAUGAUUUGGUGUUUGUGAAGUAUAAUAGAGCAUUGAAGCGUCGAUAUAUGAAACGUGCCAAUAUUGAUCCCAUCUCUUUGAAAGAUAUUGAUGAGAGCAAUGAAUGGUUGAUUGGGAGGAUGGAGAAUGAGCUUGUGUUUGCUGAUGAUUCUUUGGGGUGGGAUGAUGUUGCUGUAGCUGCUGGAGUUGAGGAGAGUAACCAAAGAACUAGAUCAAGCACAACUAGGACAACACACCAACAACUUGUAGAUGAAGAAGAUGAAUGGGAAGUUGAUGAUGAGGUUGAAGAGGAGGAUGUGGAUGGAUACAAAUCCAAUGAUGAUGAUGAUGGAGGAGAUGAAGUUCUUCAUGUUGAUGAUGAUGUCUAUUAAGUUUUGAGUACAAUUAUGCAACUUUAGGGCUUAUAUAUUUUCAUUUCCUUUUUGAAUCACAAGUUAGAAGCUUAGUUGCAUUGAAUUAUGUGGAUGAUGAUUUUAGUACAUAAGGUUUUUGGUGGAUGUGAUUGUAAAUGUCAUACUUUAUGCCUUUUGUUGGAUAUUUAUACUUUUUAAUAUACUACAUAUAUUUGUUAUGUUAAAAAUUUUGCUUAUUUUAUAAUUUUGCAUUGCUUUUAUUAUGUGCGCCUCGCUUUGGUGAGGCGCGCGCCUCGCCUCGCGCCUCGCGCUUAGGCUCCAGGACACCUUAUCGCCUCGGUGCACCUAGAGCCUUUUAAAACACUGUCAUAAAGAUUCAGUCAUUUUUUUUUUUAAAUUACUUAAAAACAUAUAUUUAGACAUUUAGAUGUUAUAUAUAUCUUGUGAAUAUGAAAUAUUUAGACUUAAAUUAAUAAAAUUGUUAUUUUGAAUGAUAAUCACGUAGUUUAAUAGGUAAAAAGUUAAUCACGUAGUUUGAUAAUCACGUAUUUUGAAUAUGAAAUAUCUUGUGUGUGUGUGUGUCUCUCUCUCUCUCUCUCUUCUUCUUUGACUUCGUCUUCUCUUCCUCUCUGUUCUCCUUCUCUGCAUUCUAUUUAUAAAUGAUAUUAAUAUAAUAAUAUAUAAUAGUAU